AUGGAAGAAAGUAAUAAAGGAACUUAUGAAUGUGAUUCGGUACUAUCUGAAUUUUCUGAAAAUACUUUUAACAGUGAAAAUCCCAGUGUUGAACUCAAUGAAAAUGAUACCUAUUCUUCAGAAAAAAAUUUUGUUUUGAUAGUUAAAGCAUAUGCAAAACGAAAUGGUUUUCAG